CAAUUGAUACUAGUUCAGAGAGAGAAAAAAUGAUUGAUGUUAUUCCUAAGAUUGAAAAUAUGAUUCAAGAUGCAUCAAGUUUGGGGGCAAAAUUAUUGGCAAUUGUCUCUGAUAAUGCACCAGCAUAUUCUGCUACAAGGUAA